GGAGAGAAAGAGGGGAGGAGGGAGGCCGGAAAGAGGGGAGGGGGGAGGCUUGGCUUUCCAGCGGCUGAAAAGGAAGCCAAGCCUCUCCCUCCGGCCGCCCCCAAAGUACAAAAGCAGAGAAAGAGAGAGCCGGUGGCGGGACUCCUUCAUCGGCCGGGACCAUGGCUGCCUCCUGCCAGAGCUGGCUCGCCAACGAGGGCAGCAAACACCUCCUUUUGCUGCUCUGGCUGUCUCUCAACGUGGGGCUGUUUUGGAAAACCUUCCGGAUAUAUUAUCGAGGGCCUCAGUAUUACUAUCUGCAUCAGAUGCUGGGGCUAGGAUUGUGCCUCAGCAGAGCUUCUGCGUCGGUCCUGAACUUCAACUGCAGCCUGGUCCUCUUGCCCAUGUGUCGGAUUCUCCUGUCCUUCCUUCGAGGAUCUCGGAAGGUGGCAAGCCGAAAAACCAGGAGGCUUCUGGACAAAAGCAAAACGUUCCAUGUGACGUGUGGUGUGACAAUAUGCGUCUUUUCAGUGAUCCACGUUGCUGCUCACCUGGUGAAUGCUCUGAACUUCUCUGUGAACUACAACGAAGAGUUCUUGGCGCUCAAUGCAGCCAGCUACCAUGGCGAGGAUCCCAGGAAACUCCUUUUUGCUACAGUUCCUGGAUUAACUGGGGUUCUUAUGGUGUUGGUGCUCUUCCUAAUGUCUACAGCCUCUACUUAUGCCAUUAGGGUUUCUGAUUAUGACAUCUUCUGGUACACCCACAACCUCUUUUUUGUCUUCUACUUUCUGCUGAUGCUGCAUGUUUCUGGAGGAGUUCUGAAAUACCAAACUAAUCUAAAGGAGCACCCGCCGGGGUGUUUGAACCCUAAUGCAACAAUUCAAGAGGACAGGCAAUUUGCGGCUGGGUUUGCAAAGCUGCCUUCUGAAAAUGCCCCUGAACCUCUCUCUGGAGGGUUGGUGGAGCUGGAACCACUUCUUCAAAGCAGCUUUGUGUGCACCGAGGAACCAAAAUUUCAAGCCCAUUUCCCCGAGACAUGGCUCUGGAUCUCUGGGCCGUUGUGUUUGUACUGUGCCGAAAGGCUUUACCGCUACAUCUGUAGUAGCAACAAACCUGUCACCAUAACUGCGGCCAUCAGCCACCCCUGCGAUGUCCUUGAGGUGCGGAUGGUGAAGGAGGACUUCAAAGCGAGACCUGGACAGUACAUCAUUCUGCAUUGUCCCAGCGUGUCAUCAGUAGAAAGCCACCCAUUCACCCUAACGCUGUGCCCAACAGCUUCCGAAGCAAGUUUUGGGGUCCACGUUAAGGUCGUUGGCGACUGGACAGAAAGAUUUCGGGACCUGCUGUUCCUCCAUUCCACUUGGGAUGCUGAGAUCCUGCCGGUCUUCCAGCAGAGGCGUUAUCCUAAGCUGUAUGUGGACGGUCCCUUCGGAAGCCCUUUUGAGGAGUGCUUCCAUUACGAGGUUAGCCUCUGUGUGGCUGGAGGCAUCGGGGUGACUCCGUUUGCGUCGAUCCUCAACACCCUGCUUGACGGCUGGGAACACUACAAGCUCAGAAGGCUUUACUUCGUAUGGGUGUGCAGGGACAUUGCGUCGUUCCGCUGGUUUGCUGAUCUGCUUUGCGAGCUGCAUAACAAGCUCUGGCAAGAAAAUCGUCCAGACUUUGUAAACAUUCAACUUUACCUCAGUCGAACAGAUGGGAUGCAGGUAUGCCCAGCUGCAGAGGGGCCCUGGGGAGACAACUGGAAAAAAAUAAUUGGCGAGAAAUACCAAGUGCUGAACCGCCGGCUUUUGAUUGGUCGGCCUCGCUGGAAACUCCUGUUUAAUGAAAUCGCCAAGUGCAACCGACAGAAGACGGUUGGCGUUUUCUGUUGCGGACCCAGUGGAAUCUCGAAAGCCCUCCACAAACUGAGCAACAGCAGCAACCCCUAUGGGACGAGGUUUGAAUACAACAAAGAGUCCUUCAGCUGAAAGCCCCCGGGGCCUAAUAGGGACUGUUUGGAAGGCCUGAGUGCAAUUGAAAAGACUUCGAAAGCGAGCAGCGGAAUUAGCCUGACGUCGCAUACCAAAGAGUGGCCAAAGUCUUUCGUCUGUGCAUUUGUGUGUGUGUGUAAUUUAUAACUAUUUAAAACUCUAGAAAGGCAAAGAAACAAAACGAAAUACGUUCUAGCACGAAAGCCAAAAAACCUUAGGAGUUGGCUGUUCAUCUUUACAGAGGGCCUGAAUUAGCUGAAGGCGAUUAGAGACGCAUAGGGUGGCUUAUAUGGCUGGCUUUAAGAUCAAUCUGUGCAUUAUUUGAAGUUUCUCCACCUCAGGGCAGCAGGGCCUAGAAAGGGGCACUAGGUUGAUCAGGCUGAGGGGGCGGGAAAUGUAUUGGAAGCAAAAUGCUGCUCUGCACUGGCAAAUAAAUAAAGCGAUUUUGAAACGGAAAGGCUUUGAGCAAAAUUGUUGCAGGAUUAAUAGCCGAGGGAAAAGGUUCUGCAAGGUCCAUGGGGGAUCCCCUUCCUGCAUAUAGUUUGUAGGGAACAGAUCACACCUGCUAUAUAUGCAGACACUCACUCCAAUACCCUGUUUAUUCUGCGAUGCAUGAGACUGAAUACCUCUUUACACAUUAUGCUUUUCCACGUCUCCUGCGGUUUGAAUGUUCACCUGUAUCACAACAGAUCCUCUGAUAAGGAUCAAUAUUGAUGGCUGAAACUGCCAAGGUGGGCACCUCGUGGGGAAGGAAGACCCUAGCAAAGGGAUUUUCAGUGGGUCCCUAUGCAAGGGUUUUCAUACAUAAUGCAAAUUAAAUCACAAUCGCAAAAAUUGCAACCUAACAGUUAACACAGGAGCACGGUCCCCUCACCCAAGUUCUGUCUCUUAAACUGGCCCUGGUAGGGUCUUCCCCAAGACCUCGUUUCCAUUGUGCUGUUCCAGGAAAAGUAAUUGCAAGCCCUUAUAAACCACAGAAACACCAUAAAGAGACAGAAACUUAAUGGUUUUGAGGAAUGACACACAUCAUUUCAAAUGCAUAUACAAAACAGUGUCACCCCCAUCCUGCUUCAAAGUGUUCGGG